UAGUUCCUUGAUCAAAUAGGAGCAAUCUCAAAAAGGAAGUAGCAGAAAAGAAAAUAAUAAUAAUAAUAAAAUCCAAAAAUGUAUAAAAAUUGCUUGGAUUGGAAAAUAAAUAAAUAAAAUAAACAGUGGUUAGGUAGGAGCCAGCAAAUGAAAAUGAAACCACCACGACCACGACCACCACCGUCUCUUCACUCCAAUUUCUUCUUCUCCAUUAAACAGGUUGAGAAGAGACUGAAGUUGGAAGACCCAGUAGAAUCCUCGAAACCACCACCAACCCCAACGCCUCUGCCACUGAUAGAAAGCAACAGUUCGGCUGCUGAAUCGUUGAGCUCUCCGCUAUACCUCCAUUUGGAUCAGCCCAACAACCAAAGCAACACAACCACUCUCCCAGAAAGUAGUGAACCCCCUCUUGCAUUCCUCUCCUGUUCCCCUCAAAUCCCACCUCAACAAACUACAACUACCCAAGUAGACAACGCCGAAACCAUCAACAAACCUGAAGUUGAGGCAGUCGAUGAUAUUCAACAUUUAAUUCGACUUCUGGGCUUGUCUGAUGGUCCACAAGAAGCAGAAGAACAAGUGACGGAAAGAGAAAGGGAAGGGAGCGGUUGUUCUGGUUCUGGUAAUGACAGUGAUAGUGAUAGUGGUUGUAAUUCUUGCCAUUGUGAGGGUGGGUUUUAUGCAAAGAUUGCUGGGGUGAAAGGCCCAAAAUGUGGGAAGGAAAUGCAGAGGUUGGAUGGUUGGAUUAAGUACUUGUUGAAUGAUGGUGGGGAAGAGAGAAUAGAGCCAUUGAGGUUGUCACUUUUGCUUCUAGGUAAAGCUGCUGUCAUUUCUGAGGCUGCUAAUGGUGGUUUUGGAGGUUUGGAAUUCCCAUCUGCUAUUCAAGACUUUUUGCUGAAUGAUCCUCCUCCUAAAACUUAAAUCACUUCAACUUAUGUGUCAUUUUUCUUUUGAAUUGAAAUCAUGUAUGUUAAAUUAUGUUACUGUUGAGGAGCUUCACCAUCAAUAACAAUGAUGGAAACUUCUUUUUUUUU